AUGGCUUUACAAAAGUGUACCGUUAUCGGUGGUUGUGGAUUUCUUGGGCGUCACCUAGUUACAAUGUUACUUGAACGAGGAUACCAAGUCAAUGUCUUUGAUAUUCGCCAAAGUUGGGAUAAUCCAAAAGUCCGCUUCUUUACUGGAAAUUUGUGCAAAAUUGAGGAUCUAGUACCUGCCUUAGAAGGAGUGGAUGUGGCUUUCCAUUGCGCAUCACCUCCAUACACAAGCGGUGAUAAGAAGCUAUUUUACAAUGUGAAUUACUUGGGUACCAAGAAUGUCAUUGAAUGUUGCAAGAAGGCUCGCGUCCAGAGAUUGGUUCUAACCAGUAGUGCAAGUGUCGUCUAUGAAGGGCGAGACAUUUUAAAUGGUACGGAAGAACUCCCUUAUGCUUCGAAACCAAUCGAUUAUUACACUGAAACCAAAAUUCUACAAGAAAAGGAAGUUCGAAAAGCUUGUCAGGAAAAGCCGGAUAGCGACGGUAACAUACUACUUACCGUUGCUAUUCGUCCGCAUGGAAUAUUUGGGCCUGGUGAUCCGCAUAUGUUGCCAACGCUAGUGGAAAUGGCUAAGCAAGGAAAAUCCAAAUUUAUCAUCGGGAACGGUAAAAACCUGGUUGAUUUCACUCAUGUAUCAAAUGUUGUGCACGGUCAUAUCUUAGCAGCAGAGGCCUUAAAGGUUGGAUCGCGCGUUUGUGGAAAAGCAUAUCAUAUUACAAAUGAUGAACCUAUCUAUUUCUGGACCUUUAUGACCAAAAUGCUGACUGGCCUUGAUUACCCAGCUCCUCAUAUUAAAAUUCCCUAUCUAUUGUUAUACGUAAUUGCUAUGUUGCUUCAAUUUUUGUGUAUCAUUUUAAAGCCACUCAUUGUUAUCAAGCCAACAUUUACUCCAAUGCGUGUUGCUUUAGCUGGUACGCACCACUGUUACAGCUGUAAGAAAGCCAAGAAAGAGUUUAAUUUUAAGCCUGUUAUUCCAUUAGAAGAGGCAAUUGAUGCUACUAUCAAAGAUUACAAGUCAAAGCAUGCUCAGUAG